AUGGACAAGAGUUGGAUGAUGAUAAAUAAUAGGUUGACAAGUAAAGAGUAUCAACAAGGAGUGAAGUCAUUCCUUGAUUUUGCUAUGGCAAAUUUAGGCGUAGAGGAUGAAAUUAGGUGUCCGUGUGUCAAUUGCAUUAAUGGCACAAAAUAUAGCAGGCAAGUUGUGUGGAUGCACUUAAUCCGAAGAGGAAUGGCAUCUUCGUAUAUAACUUGGGUGCACCACAGGGAACAAGUUCCCGUGUCUUAUCCUGGUGUAUCAAAUGACCAAAGUGGAGGUAGUGGUGAAUGUAUGACAGAUAUCGAUGAUUCGAUCAUGGGUGAAUUGCCUAUUGUGUUGGAAGAAAUUUACGUGAAUGGUCUUAUGGAUGAUCAUACCGACGAGGAACCUAAUAGUUUGGAGAGGGAGGAUUUGCAUAAGUUCAUUAAGUUAUUCGAAGAUGCACAAUGCAAAGUUUACCCGACAUGUGAAAAGUUCUCUGUGUUAUCAUUUAUCAUUAAGAUGCUUCAUGUGAAGGUAUUCAAGGACAUUCUACCAAAAUGUGAUCAAACUAUUCCAUGGACACUGUAUGAUGCUAAGAAGUUCUUACGUGACUUGGAUUUGGGAUAUGAAACAAUUCAUUCGUGCAAGAAUGAUUGUGCACUAUUUUGGAAGGAGAGUGCAAAUUUGGAGAAAUGCCCUACAUGUGACGCGCGUAGAUACAAGUUGAACAAUAAUGGUGGUAAAAAGAUUCCACACAAGGUCUUGCGGUAUUUUUCUUUGACACCGAGGUUAAAAAGGCUGUAUAUGUCCAAAAAAACAGCCACAGAUAUGAGAUGGCACAAUGAGAAGCGUGUGGAUGAUGACAUAUUAAGGCAUCCAGUCGAUGGUGAAGCAUGGAAAGACUUUGAUAAGCAACAUUCGACGUUUUCUGAUGACUCUCGAAAUGUAAGGCUAGGGCUGGCAAUAGAUAGUUUCAAUCCAUUUGGAAAUAUGAGCACAUCAUAUAGUAUGUGGCCCGUAAUCUUAAUGCCUUACAAUCUCCCAUCGUGGAAGUGUAUGAAAAAACCAUUUUGCAUGAUGUCAUUGCUUAUUCCGAGACGUUCGGCACUUGAAAGAGACAUUGACGUUUACUUGCAACCAUUAAUAGAAGAAUUGAAGAAUUUGUGA